CAAAUAAUAAUAAUAAUGGAAAAUUUCAAAAUUGAUUUUCUUUCAGGAUGUAGGCAGAUGAUUUUAAUUUUUACAUUUUUGGAAUCCCAUGGUCAUAAGCUUUCACAGGAAUGUUGCAGUUUUCUAGGGUGCGGACUGGACAGUUAUCUCCUAUUUUUGCUAAGAGUGAGCCUUGUUUGUCAAGAUCUUACACCAGUAAUUGUGUUUAGCACUAAAACAGACGAUGAUAUAAGACCUGGUGCUCUAAAAAACACAAAUUUGAACUGGGGGAGUAUAAUUAUUUUGAGUUUUUCAGAGGAAUACUUUAUUACUCAAGCAGCUGUUUUUUCUUAUUCAAGUUCUCAGGGUUCAAAUGUCUGUCAAAAGAAUUAUCAAGUUUACUUACAAAGUUCUGAUGGGUUAAACAAUUUGAAUGGAUAUGGUACUCAAAAUGGAGUUUCAAAAUAUAAUUCUUUGUAUAAAAGCUAUUUAUGCUAUUAUAACAUUACAUUUAGUGGCAUGAAUGCAAAAUUUUUGGUAUUGAAUGCAUAUGAUACCAUGUCAAUAGCUUACAUUGCUGUUUAUGCUUUUGUAUUUAGAAAACCGGAUUAUUUUGAUAACCCAAACUUGAAUGAGUAUGAAAUUUCUGAGGCUUUUUUCUCAAGUAGUUCAAUUUAUAGUUUGGAUCAAAUUAAAAAUAUGGUAAUGAAUCUCUCAAGUCCCAGUAUGACAUCUCUAAUAUCAACAACCCUAGGGUUUGAAAGUUCAGUUGUUGCAUGGUUUUCCGUUAAAUUGGAUCGAGUUCAGUUGGUUCAUCAAUUUAUUAUAGCAAGCACAGACUCAAGCAUUAUUCAGAAUGUCUUGUUGUUUUUUCGUUUAAAUGACGAUAGAGAUUAUAUUUCCUACAAAGAAAAUAAUGUCACUAAAGUUUUUACAAGUGAUUUGAAUACACAAUGGUGUAGUUAUAAUUUGAUGCACACUUUUAAAGCAUCGGAAAUUCUUGUGUAUGUACAGUCUGGGGCUUUACUUCAGUUCAACUUUAGAUUUGUUGAGGCGGUUCAAUACAAGUUUAAAAAGCCAAUUAUUGGAUCAUUCAUUUUUGCAGAAACUGAUUGGUUUUUAAUUAAGUUAAAUGAAACAAUGUUGAUUACUGGAAUUGCAUUUAAUAACAUUAAUUGGCUUAAAAAAUUUUGUGUUUACUACGAUCUUAAUAGUGAAUAUGUUCCUUAUAGGGAUAACAUUCUGUUUACUGAUGAUAUUAUAUUUGCUGUCACACCAGAGGUCUCAUUCUUUCCUUUUCGUACAAAAAAUUUAAAAUUGGCUUGCUUUAAGUGGUUUGGAGAUGUUACAAACAAUCUAACAGUUAAUUUGAAAGGAAGCCAUUAUCUUAUAGCUGAUUACACUUGGAAAAGUGGAAUUUCUAAUCAAGGUGGUUCACUUGUAGAAUACAUAAAUGCAGAAGGUAUCGACACACUUUAUGGAGAUUCUAGAAAUCUCCAAAAAAUAAACUCUUUCAACAGAUUGAUGAGCAACCAUUAUGGUGAUUCAUGUUUUACUCAGCCAAAUUUGUGUGACACAGGAUUUACUGUACAAAUUGUAGUAUCAGCUAAUCUUACUUCAGAAGAUGUUGUUUUCAAAUUUCGUCCUUCUUUUGCUUUUUAUGUGGCAAACAGUUUAGUAGAUGAACCACAAAUUUUAUAUUUUGGAUGUAUUUCUCAGGAAAAUAAUGGACAAGGAAAUGGAAACAAUAUAAUUAAUAUUGUAUCUUCGUUUUUAUUUGCUGAUAUUAUGUUACCCUCAAAUGCUGAAGUUACAGGCUUUAGUUUUAACUUAAAUAAUAUUGAAACAAUUGGGUUUGUUGCCAGAGUAUAUGUUUUGGUUUCACAAAGUGAUACAUUUCGAAAUUCAUUUCUUUCUCUUAAAUAUAUGUCAUAUGCCUCAGUUAUUAAUAAACUCAUAACAUCUGAUUAUAUCACAAUGCUUGUUAAUGGAUCAACAAAUGGUGCAGUUUCUAAUUCAUUAAAUUUAAAGGAUGUUUUAGAAAAAGUUAGACUAAAAUAUUAUGGUUUAGUGAGAGAUAUUGGUAUUGUUAUAAUAGCAAACAAUUUAUGCACUAAUAAUAUAUUGGUUAAGGUAAACAGAAUAAAUAUAGAGUUGGCUAUUUCAUAUAAAAAUAAAGUUGUUGGAAACAUUGAACUGCUGAUGCCUUUGAAUAUUAUAAAUGUUCCUCAGUCGGUUCAAUAUAUUGGGAAUGGUAUAUACAAUACUGUUCCUGGAUAUAAAAAGAUUAUAUUUUCUCAAGUUUACUACAUAACAACAAUGCAAAUUGGGUCAAAAUCUACAUUAGCAAUAUCAGUUACUCUCAACACAGAGAACUCUGACUAUUUUGAUGCAUCGUAUUACACUUUUAUUGAUCAGUAUUAUUUGAAUAGUGGUGAAAUUCAGUAUGUUACAUUUAAAGGAGUUCUUCAAACAAAACUUUUUUAUAUAACAUCCAGCUCUAUAGAUUUGGGAGUUAUAAAUUUGGAGUUUUAUGGGAGCAAAGAUGCACUUUGCUCAUCUUCUUUAGUGUCAGCUGGACUGAGUGGAUAUUCUUCAAAGAUAGAUGGUUAUGGAUUUCAUAUUCAUUUAAGUAGUAGCAACAAUAUAGUUGCUACAGUUGCUACAAAAGAUUACAUCUAUGAAACUGAUUUAAAGAAUCCAACUAUGACACCUUACACUUUGACAAUGGUUUGGUCUAAACAAAACAAUAGUAUACAACUAUUUCUUAAUGGAACUUUAAUUGCUAAUGAUAGUAUUUUAGAAACAAACAUUAAUUCAACUUAUCAUCGUUUUUUGAAUCAAUACUUGCUUAUGUAUUCUGAUUACUACAAUAAUCAAUCUGAUCUACGUGGAAGUCUUUCCAGCAUCAAAAUUUGGAGUGCAUCAUUUUCAUCAGAGGAAGUAUUGCAGCUAUAUGAACAAUCUUAUUAUGACUGGAACUCCUUGGAUGCAUAUCCACCCUCAGGAUUUAACUUUGGUUCAGAUUGUUACUGUGAAAAUGUUUUAUGCCCAUGUGAAACUUCAGAUAAAAAUAGCAGUGUGGAAUACAGUAGUAGAUUCUCUAUCAUUAAAGAUGUUGCCGAAGAUGAUUUUUUUGAUGAAAAUUUUUUUAUGGAAAGCCCUGAUUAUUUUGCAAACUAUUCUACUAUAUACUUUGAUAAUAUUGUUCUGGAUUUUCAAAACAUAAAACUUUUAUAUGUCCAUAUACAGGGCAAUUUGUUUUUACCUAAUAACAAUUCAUGUUUUAAUUUGACUAUGCAAUUUUUAAAUGAUCCUAAUUUUUCCGCCCACACUCAAUGGUGCAAUUCAACAAGUGCAGAAAGCAUUGAUACUCCAGAUCUUUCAUUGUUAUUAAGUGAUCUUCUCAAAACAGUUUUUUACACAAUACCAUUUACAAUUGUAGUGAAGAUUACCGAUACUUUUUUAAAUCCAGGAUGUGUUAUGAAAAUUGAUUAUGAAUUGCCACUGCCAGGGGGUUUUAUACAUGCAAGUGCUGUUCAAGAAAACUCACAAGAUUUACUUGCUUUUAUUUCACUUGAUGUUACUGGAACAUGUUUGUCAUAUAAGUUUAAGUUUGGUGGGGAAGGAUUUGUAAGCCUCAAUGUGUUAGGUUACACUGGAAGUAUUACAAAAGAGUUAGCUUUUUUUUACAGAAGAGAAGGUCUUAAUAAAUGGGUCAAUUCUUAUGUAGAUUUAAGUAAAAAUUCUGAAAAAUUCUGUUUGGUCAAAUUUGUAGCUUUAAAAAAUGGUCUUGGAAGUGGCUACAUUGCAUUUGGUACGAUUCAAUUUUUAUCUAGUUGUGAUGAGUUGACUAUAAAAGAGCCUGCAGAUAUGGGAAAUAGUUACAUGCUAUCAAAUGGUUCUUUUUUAUUUCCUAAUCCUAAAAUCUUUAUCAGAGGAUCAAGUGAACUUUUCAUAAAUAUUUCUAAUGCAGUGGUAUCUCGUGGUUCUAACACUAAUCUUCUACAAUUUAUUGACGGACACAAUGAGCAAGUUUAUAAAAAAACACUUUCUUUUGUUGAAGUAGAUUUAAGUAAAGACUUUUCAUUCGUAUUUUGGUAUCAAAGCAAUUCAUUUCAAGUGUUGCGUUUUACAUAUGAAAAAAUUGUAGUUGUUAAUUCUCAAGCCUCAGCACUUAUAUUGAUAUUUGAUAGCGUACAAAAAGUUAUUAACAUUGACUCAUCAGUACAAUGGCAUUAUGUGGUGGUCAAAUAUGAGCGAAAGUUUUUAAAGCUUUCAUUUGAUGUUGAUUUUAAUACAGGAAGUGUUUUUGAUGAAGUUCAAUUUCCACAAAAUUCAAGCAUGGAGAUCGUCCUUGAAAAUAACAUAUUCUGUUUUCAAAUGCAUAACGAAGUAUUAUUUCCUUCGGCAUUGAAAGCAGCACAGUUAUGUAUGAUGAAGUCAGUGGAGAAUGCAUGCACCAAACGUAAAAGUGAUUGUGAGUGGUGUAAUCCAUUUUAUGGUGAAUGGGAGUUGUAUCCAUGGGAAUACAUUUUUGAUAAAAAUGGUGCUUGUCUUCAAGACUUAAAUGACUUUAAUAAAACUUUGUAUCAGCCAUUUAAUAUGGUUGUAAAUGACAGUUUUGCAGCUGGCAUCUUUAAUAGUUAUGAAGUUAAAAUAUCAUCAGAAGUUCAAUCUGUUUUGGGUUUUAUUAAUAAUGGAUUACUAACUGAAUCAAAAAAUGUUGUUGUUGCUGAUCAAGAUAUUUUAAAUUAUUUUAGUAACAAUUCAUAUAUGUUCUCAACCUGGGUUAAACACACAUGUGAAGUAGGAUAUGAGUAUACACCAAUUAUAAGUACUUCUAUUGUUGUAUUACUUUGUGGUAUUACAGAUACCAAUGUUUCUUUUGCAACACCAACUUUAGUUUUUUAUGAUAAUUGUAUGUAUGCGUUACCAGGAAAGUCUGGUUUGUGGUACAACUUUGCUUUUGUUUAUAAUAAAAGCAUAUUGAUUUAUAUUGAUGGUGAGCUUGUUCAAAAAACAGAGUGCUUAGCAACUGAUUUACCUUUUGAUAGAAGUUUACAAGUAAAUAAUGUGCAGGUAUCAAGUGUUGGUUCUUAUGCCACUCUUUUAGAUGAAGUAUUUGUUGGAGAUGUUGCUCCUAGUGUCUUAUUUUGGAGGCAAUUAUUAGGUUAUUAUUAUACUGAAAAUAUUAAGCAAAUGACUAAUCCUACACAAUUUGGUUUUUGUUCAAAUGAACCGUGGAUUUAUGACAACAGCUUACCUGGCACCUACCUAUAUGAAAAAGUUGUAAACAUACUUCAACCUCAGAUCACAAACCUACUUCAGUUAAUAAUCACAGAACUUUUACUAGCUGAAAUUUCAUCAAUAAAAAAAGGUUCAAGUAAUAAUGUUUGUGGUGGAUUCAAUGUUUACAUCACUGUUCAAAGUACAGAUGUUUUGCAAAAAAUUGCUUCAAUUAAAAAUGAAAAUAUUCAAAUUUAUCCAAUAUAUCCACAAACAGAUCAGUUACUUGAAUAUUACUCAAUAUUUGCAUCAUAUAAAGUGCUUCGUCAAAAUAGAACAUCUGUUGUGUUAUCACUAGAGCUUUUAGAAGAUGAGAGAUACCCUAUUAGUAAGAUUUAUAUCCAAUGGACCCAAAAAGAUGGCUCAAAUACAAACCAGUCUUGGUCUAAUACAGCAAACUUUAUUCUUAUUAGUCCUCUGAAAAUCUUUACUGAGUACUAUGUUUGCUUUUCUUUUGAAACUAUUAGAAGAAAGUUGAGUUCAUGCAUGCAACAAAAAAACACAUUUUGGACAGCUGAAGGAGAGCCUGUUCAGUACCCAUCCUUAAGCUGUGCAGCUAAUCAAGUAAAGAAAACAAUGGAUUGUGAUGUUACAAAAAUAAGCAUUAGUUCAUGGCAUGGAAUUCCAUACAGCUACAACAUAAUGUAUAGAGUUAAAACACCAGAAGAUUCUUGUAAUAGUUUAGAAAGCCAGUUCAACCAAAGCCAGUAUAACUUUUCUAUAAGUUAUAGUGCUACAUUAAAUAACCCUGGAAAUAUUCGUGUCAGUUUCAACACUUCUGAGUAUCAUUUUUUACAACUGUGUGUUAUUGCUUAUGCUACAACUCAAGGUGGAAAUGGAAUUGGUGUUGCAAAUUAUCAAGUUGUUAGAACUCAGAGCACUGCACCUGAUAAUGCACCAGAUGGCUUAAAAGCAACAUUUAACAAUUCUGUAAUAACAUUUGAGUGGUAUCCUCUUGAAAGUUCUGUUGAUGUAUGGAAUGAUUAUACAGUUCCUGGCACUUAUUACCUAACCUAUGGUAUAUUAAAAAGUUCAAUUCCAAUUGCACUAGAUUCACCUAGUACUGUUGUUGUCAGUGGUAAUAAAUAUGUUUUGAAAAAUGGAAGUCUUUGUCAUGUUAAUAUUGCUUUUAUAAAUGCAUUUUCUGUCGCCAUGGGACCUGCAAGUUUUAAAAUAUGUUUUCUUAGUUCCCUUACAAAACCAGACUGUGUAAAUCCUGUUAUUAAAGAAUAUUAUGUUGUUGAUCCAAGAACAGCUGUGUUUCUUCCUGAGAUUUUUGAUCCUACAUAUUUUAGAGGAAUCAACAAGUCAUGGUUGUUUAAUGUACAAGUAAAAGAAGGGUAUAAUCCUGGACAAAUAGCAGCAAAAUAUUUAUAUAGUCCAUAUUAUUUUGAUUUACCAAUUGAAAAAUAUGCUGAAAGAUCUAUGCUAUGUAUUGAUGAAGAUUUAUCACAAUUUCUUAAUCAAAACAAUAAUUAUAACAUAACUUUGAUGGGAUUACAUCCUAAUACAAGUUAUCAAGUUUCAAUUCAACCCUGCAAUGAAUAUGGUUGUGGUAAAAUUUCAAAUCCAGUGUUUUUUAAUACAUACUCUGACAUACCAAGUUGUUCACCUGAAUUUCUUCACUUACAAAAUGAAUCUUCUACAUCUAUGAUUGUAUCUUGGAAUGAGCUAGAUAUCAGUUGUGCAAACGGAAAUAUAGAAAACUAUAUUCUUAAAUGCCAUGGAAAUCAAUCAGGCCUCUUGGGUAAUAUUAGUACAGAUCUUUCAGUAGAGUUGAUCAAUUUGCAUAAGUAUGAGUUUAUUUGCUGUAGGAUUGCUGUACGUAACAUCAAUGGAACUGGGCCUUUUAGUUCCGAAAUAUGUGCUUUCACUGAUGAAGAUGUGCCCAAUGAUGCUCCAAUAUCAAGCAAAAUUAAAACUACAUUCUCUUCUGGGUGUAUUUCAAUUCUAGCCCCUAAAAUAGUUGAUAUGAAUGGUAUUGUUCUAGGCAUUCAAGCAAAUAUAACCAAUCUUACAAUUGCCAAUUCAGAAACAAGUUUGCAACAGCAAUCAUAUUCUAAAGAUUAUGAAUUUAUCUUUAAAGCUGACCAUUUAUAUAAGGGUUUUGUGAAUAUUUGUUUUGAUCAAUUGCUACCAUUUUUUGUUUAUAGUGUUGAGUUAAGAUACUUUAACUCAAUUGGUUAUAGUCCAUCAAGUACCUAUCAGUUUGUAACAGAGGAAUACUUUCCUGAGGCACCAAGUUUAAUAUCAUUUUCAAGUGAUAAUGUACAAAUUAUUACAGUUAAUUGGAGUAGUGUUCCUAUAGAAAAAAGUAAUGGAAUUAUAUCUCGAUACCUAAUUUGCCGCAAACAAGUAUUAGACAAAAAUAUUUUGGGAGAAGAAGUUUGCUUCAAUUACACAAAUCUUUUAUUUCUCAAUUUUAACUUAACUAAUCUUAAUCGUGGAAGCACUCACAAUGUUAGUGUUGCUGCAUGCAAUAAAGCAGGAUGUGGAAAAAAAAUUUAUAUUCUUGCAAGUGCUAUGGGGUUUACUGAUGGUCAUUGGCUAGAUUGGUCAAACUGGGGUGCUUGUAGUCAGACUUGUGAUCAAGGUCAGAAGAUGAGAACACGUGUUUGUACUCCUCAUAGUGUGGGAGGUUAUGAUUGCUUUGGAACUAACACAAGCUUUGAAAUUUGUCAAGUGACAAAAUGUUCUGGUUUUGUUUUGGGAAGAGAAGGUGAAACAAAUUGUUCAGUUGUAUGUGCAAAAGACAAUUACCUAUGUUCACCUUUUUAUUUAAAACCGUAUAAUGAUACAUCAAUUUUUUUGAAUGCCAUUACUCCAAUUAAAUGUCGAGCAAGUUUGGAUUACAGAGUCUACAGUUCUGAUUUAGAUCCUAGUUUGGAUAAUAGUACAGGUGUUUGCCAUGGUUACAUUAACAUUCCAGAUGAAGUUCCUUGUGAGAGUAAAAACACUUUUAAUCAACCAAAAAUGCACAGAUUGUGUAACUGUAUCAGUCCAAAUGAUUAUGGAUUUGCUUUAUGGGCUCGUUGGAGUUUUUGUUCUGAGACAUGUGGAAACACAAGCAUACAAGUUAGAAAGAGAAAUUGUUUAGGAGUUUGUUCUGGAAACUCUGUAGAAGUUAAACUGUGUGAUGUUCCUGUUUGUCCAGUUGAUGGGGAAUGGGGAAGUUGGGGAAAUUAUUCAGCAUGUAACUCCACUUGUGGGUAUGGCUAUCAAAUUCGUACUAGAGAAUGUAACAAUCCUUCUACAAUUGGAAGUGGUACACCAUGUCAAGGAAUUCAGAAAGAUGAAAAACCAGAGUGCAAUGCUUUUCCUUGCCCAGUUGAUGGUGGUUACUCAAACUGGACUGAUUGGUCAAUAUGCAGUAGACCUUGUGGAGAAGGAGUAACCAUAAGGAGGCGUUACUGCAACAAUCCAGUACCUGCAAUGAGGGGUAAAGAAUGUAAUGGCAGUGAUUUAAUGACAAUGCCUUGUUUUUUGCAAAACUGCAAAUCUAUAAGAGUGGAUCUGAUACAGAGAACAUUCGAGACUUGGAUGUGGAAAAUGUAUAACAUUAAAUCAGAAGAAGCAUAUGUAUUUGUUCAGAGAUUUAAUCAAUCUGUUUAUACAUAUUUUAAAGAAAAAAAUUUAAAUGGUUUGCAAAGUGUUGAUGUUACCCUUCUUAAAGCUGGUAGCAUUGUUGUAUAUUACACACUAACGUUUGAAUAUUUGUAUGAUCAAAUGGUUGAGUUCAUUGAUGGAAUCAAUCAAUAUGGGAAAAUAACAAAUAUCAGUAUAGAGAAUACGCAACUUUACUCUUCAAAUGAUGUGUUUUGUACUCCACCUUACAACAUCUCAGCUGUAGCUUAUGACAAAAACACUGUGAUGUUAUCAUGGGUGCGAGAUGCUUGUGUUAACCAAACAGACAUAUGGUUGUAUGUUUAUUACAAAGACAUAACUUCUUCAAACUCAACAUGGGAAUGGAGGGGUUUAGAUUCAAGUAAACAGUGGGGACUAUUGCCUGAUCUUAUAACAUCUCAUAAAUAUAAGGCAUACAUGCUAACGGCUCUAAGUAUUGGAAAUGGUUUGCCAAGUACAGUUUUUUAUUUUGAAACAUCACCUUUCCCUCCAGAGAGGCCUCCUCCUUAUGCAUAUACUUUUUCUCCAAGUUCUACAGAAAUUUAUAUUGAGUGGACAGAUAUACCAGAAGAAUAUCAAAAUGGUCCAAUACUUGGCUAUAAAAUAAAAUAUAAGAUUUAUAUAAAUAGUGAAAGCUUUCAAAUGGUUGAAGCACAAUUUGGUUUUAAUGCUUUUACAAUAAAAAAUUUAAGACCUUUCACACUUUAUCUUGUGGAAGUUUAUGGAUAUAAUGUAAAUGGUGAUGGUCCUGCUCAAUAUUCUAUGUGCAAAACAGUAGAAGGAGUUCCUUCUAUCCCAGUUCCUAAAUUUGUUGUAAAUGACAUGCAAUCUAUCAGUUGGUGGUCAGUGUCAUGGGGACCAAUCCCAUCAGAGUAUGUUAAUGGAAUUUUACUUGGAUAUCAGCUUGUAUAUUAUUUAAGCUAUCAAUCAGGAGUAGAAAUAAGUGGAGAAAAAACAAAAAUUACUUUAGUUUUCGACAUUUACACUCGCUAUUAUAAACAAAGAAAUUUGCUUAAUUAUGCUAUUUACAGUGUGAGUGUUGCAGGUUUCACUGCAACUGGAAGUGGUCCUGCACCUGAAUAUCAAGCAAGAACAUGCAAAUGUGCAGAAUUGCUUUAUGCAAACAUAUACAUUAAAAACCCAUUCACUUCUCUUGAUGCUGAUUUGACCCCAAGUGGAUUUUUUAUUAAACUGUUGCAAGAUACAGUUGUUCAAUCCUGCGGUUCUUGUAAAGGUUACAAUAGUUCUAAGCUAUACUUUACUCAAUCUAAGUAUGGUGAUGAUCCUGUAAAAAGCUCAGAACUUGAUUUAAAAAAUGCAAUAAACAAGGAUGUUGACUUAAGUUUUCCUAUUUAUGGAGUGAAUGGUCGAGAAGUUGCACCCGACAGUAAGUUUUCUGUGUUGGUCGUGUCACCUGGAAUCGCAAUGGUUGUGCGUAAUGAAAACACUAUAAAUCAAGUUAUUAAGCAAAUGGUAUUAGGUGUGUUAAAUGUAUGGCCUGUUCUGCUAAUUAGCUAUGCGAUUGCUUUUAUAUUUGGUAUAUUUAUUUGGUUUAGUGAUCAAUUUUCUAAUCCAAGUCAGUUUUCAAAGGGAAGUUCACUUCGCGGUCCAAUGUCAGGAUUUUGGUUUACAUUUGUAACAAUGACAACAAUUGGAUAUGGCGACUUAAGUCCUCGUUCGGUAUUAGCAAGAAUAUUUGCAAUGGUUUGGUUUCUCACUGGAUUGAUUUUGAAUGGCUUGAUUAUUGCUUUUAUCGUUACAAAAUUGACAGUUUUUAGUUCAAAUAGUGAAUAUAUGUUAUACAACACAAAGGUUGCAGUGUUAGAUAAUUCCUUUGAGAAUAAAUUGGCAAUUAUCAGUAAUGCAGAUGUAUCUAAAGAUAUUCGAUAUACAAAUAUUUCAUCAAUGCUUGAAGACUUGCACAAUAAAGUUGUUGACAUUGUAUACAUUGAUGUAAUAUCACUAUUGGAUUACCAGUCUGCAUUGGAUGCAAAAUCACUUGUAAUAGCAUCAAUUGAUAAUCGUAACACUGGAUACGGGUUUGUUAUGUCUGGAGAAAGUGCAGCUUUAACAAUAGAUAUUAAUAGCUAUUUGAGUUCAAAAAGAGAUGAAAUAUCUGCGUUUACUGCAUCUUUUAGUUCAAGAAUACCGGGACUAUUAAUGGUUGAUUCAAGUCAAAUUAUUGCAAACAUGUUCUCUAAAGAUUCGCCUGCUUUUCAACAGUCGCUCUUAUGGUUGGUCAUCUUAAUUGUUUUCUUUACUGUCGGAGCGCUUAUUUAUGAAAUAGUGAUGCGUAAAAAGAAAUGUAAAGUUGGUGCCGAAGCAACUUUUGCCGAAAAACUUUUUCUAUUAAAGGAUCAAAUUCAAGAAUUUCGUGAAAAUUUUGACAAACUUACUAGCCAAAUAAUAAAUGAACAGGAUGAAGAAAGAGUUCAACUGGCAGAUCUUAAAAACAUAUACAUUAAAAAAUAUAAACAAUUUAAUACCUACAAAAACAAAAUAAAAAUUUAACUUUAUUAUCAAAAAUCACUUCAAUAAUAUUUUUUUUGGCACUAAAACUAACUCGAAGCGCUUUUUUUUGAGUUGUACGCUUUUUCUUUGAGUUUUAAUUUACGCUUGCGUCUUUU